AUGAGUAUUUUUAAUUUUCUUCAAAUUACUGCCUUCAUUAUUUUUUCUAUUCAAAAUUCUGUAAAUUCAAUUGAAGGAGUUGCUUUAAGUGAAUAUGCUAGUACUGAAAAUUUUAGAUGUUUGAAGGAAAAUUUUACAAUUAAAUUUGUUAUUGUUAGUGCAACAAGCAAUGGAACUAUUGAUGAUUUUGCUAAAAAUAAUAUUAAAAAUGCUUAUGCAGCGGGGAUUGAGGACGUUGAUAUUAAAAUCACGCUAAAUUUUGUUAAACCAGGGAAAAUAUCCAAUCGUACUCCAAGGUAA